GAAAGAUUUAAGGAGUAACCGUUGCCGCGUGCGUGCACGGAGAAAUGUUGUGUAUUUUGUAUCGUUUCGUCCGUUUGUUCGGACCUGAGGUGUCUGUAUUUAUUAAGUGACUUGAUAAGAUGGAGAAUACAUUGGACUCGAUUCGCCCAUCAGAAAAUCCACAAGAAGAAAUGUCAUAUCUAUUUGGUAGAGAUCCAAGUAUCUUGGCUUAUAGUCAAAGGCCGCUCCCCUCAAAGGAUACCAAAAAGAAUUUGCUUUCGUUGUACGAAGUAGAAGAAAACAAUUCUAUUCCAGAAAGUACUGUGUACGAACAUUCGGAAUCUUUACAAACAGUUAGAGUAUAUCUCCGACUAAAACCUUUUCCCAAAAAGUUAAAACUAACAUCAGAACAGCAAGAUGCAUACAAGAUAGUCAAUUGUACCACAUUAGUCACCAAAUUACCAGUGUUAGAUAGUACAAUAAGUUCUAUCAAGCAGUCCAAAAGUAAUGAAAUUAUAAGUAGAAAAUUUAUCUUCUCACAAACAUUUGGUCCAGAAACAACACAGUUGGAAUUAUUUGAGCAGACCGUACAACAGCAAAUGAUAGAUUUUCUAGCUGGACAUAGCUGCACUAUUAUGACGUAUGGUACUACAAACUCAGGCAAAUCCUAUACACUGCAUGGAACCACAACUUCACCAGGCCUUAUACCACGUGCGUUGGAAUUUGUAUUCUCCAACAUCAUCACAAGACCGAAUCCAUCUUAUAAACCUUUGCAUUAUUGUGAUGUAGUCGGUCUUGAUGCUCUUGAACGUGCACAAGAACUCGAGGCGAAAACCAAGCUGCUGACGUUUAGUUCAGUAGAUAAACAUCAAUAUAUAAAUGCUUACAAACAGAUGCAAAAGUUAUUGCAAGAAGAAUCGGUUCGUCCCAGUCAGUCCCAUGACGCCCAUUAUUCAAUCUGGGUUUCGUUCGCAGAAAUUUACAAUGAAAUUGUGUACGAUUUAUUGUCGAACGAAUGCCAAAAGAAGAGAGUACCUUUGAAACUAGGAACAGACUCGAGUGGUAGAGCAUUUAUCAAAGGACUCAAAACCGUCUAUGUUAAUUCAGCCGCAGAAGCUUACCAGAUUUUAAUGGCGGGACAAUAUAAUCUCAAGAUAGCAGCGACAGCGUUAAACGCAAAAAGCUCAAGAUCCCAUUGCAUAUUCACAAUUAUAUUAUUAAAGUAUUGUGCAGAAAAUUUGCCAGACACGGUUGAAGUGAGCACGUUUUCCUUUUGCGACCUGGCAGGCUCGGAACGCUUAAAGAAGACGUUAAAUAUCGGAGAUAGAUUGAAGGAAGCGCAAAACAUCAACACGAGUCUACUGGUAUUAGGCAGGUGUUUGAAAUCUAUUCACGAAGGACAAUUAACGAGAGCGAAAACCGAUGCUGUCGGGCCUUUCAGGGAGUCCAAGUUGACGAGAUUGUUCCAACGAGCUCUAUCGGGAAAGGAGCAUUUGGCCCUGAUCGUUAACGUCAAUCCUCUUCCAAAUCUCUACACAGAGACCCAAAACGUUCUUAAUUUUGCUGCUAUCGCCAAAAGAAUCGUUAUAGAGGAAAAAAAGCAGGCGCGGACAAAAUUGAGGUCGAGGUUCUCGCAAAUAGUUACGCAGAGCAUGGAAACGGCGACCGAUUGGGAUGCUACGGAAUUGGAAAGUGUCGAGUGGCAACAAACGAACGCCGUGGAGAAUACUUCGGAAUAUGCCAGUUCGGAAGGGUAUAUGGAUCUCGCGAACGAGAAUGAGAGAUUGAAGAAAGAAAUUUCCGUUUUAAAAAGUUCUGCUCUAAGUAGAGAUCUCCAGAGUCGGCAAGAAAUGGCUGAGAAAUAUAUCGCGAUGAUGAACGAGCUCGAAGUCUACUGGAAACAACGCGUAAAUGAUGCAGAGACCCAGCACGAAGAUACCCUUGAAUGGUCUGUGAAACAAGUUCAAGAAUUUUACGAGGAAAAAUUGAGUCAACUGCAUAGAAAGAAAAGAAAGCGUACCGAUGAUUGUGCCGAUGAUAGCGAGCGGUAUAGCGAUUAUCUGAAUGUGACUUUUGAUUUGGGUGAAGAGAACGCGCAACUUAACGUGAAGAAUGAAACUUUGAGGAAGCAACUGACCGAACUGAGAGCAACCAACGAAAUCUUGAUGAUGGAAAAGAAUAGAGCCAAUUUCGAGUUGGGAUUAUCAAGGGAGGAUCUGAAGGUGACGAGAAAUCUUCUGGAAGCCGCACGGAAAGACAUUUGCCUUGAUCAAAAUGGCAAAUUGUUCGCGGAGGAAAUGACGUCGCAAUUGCUCGCUAAGGACGAACAGAUAAUGAAACUCAAAGAAUUUCUCAAUGAAGCGAAGAAAGACUACAUUACCGUAACAUCUGAUUUAAAGAAAAAGCAACUUCGCAUUGACGAGCAAGUCAAGAUUAUAGUAGAAAAUGAGGAAAAAAUUGAAGAUGUGGAAUUACAUCUCGAGCAAGUUAACGUGUGCCUAACGGAGAAAACCAGAAUGAUCGAGGUUUUAGAAGAAAAAUUCGAGAGGCAAAGCGAAAAAUUGUCCGAUGCUCAGAACCAAGUGUCGCGAAUGCAGGAGGAAAUCGAGCGAUUGAAAGACGAAAGAUUAGCGUUGUUUGCCCGCUACGAGAAACCAAUUGCCGCGGAUACAGAAGCGGACUCUCAAUGCGCAAACAAAGCGACAAAUACAUCCGCGUUAGCGGAAACAUUGUGUACAGUUGUUGCUGCUGCUGAAAGCUGCAUGGCCGUGAAAAGGGAAUUGAUUGUUGCCGACGUAUCCGAAAGUUCGCAAAAUACGCCAGACGAAUUGGAAAGCGCGGAGACACAUUCGAAGGAAAAUCUGAAACCGUUCGAAAUUUUGUCAUCCGAUGUUGCGUGUGACGAAUCUUUGCGUACAACAUCGAUGAAAACCGGUGCCGUGGGCUAUCAGACAGAUACAAAAGCUGACGAGAGUCGCCACAAUGUUAAAAUUAAUUUAGAUAAGAGCGUAUGUUACGAGAGCACUCAAACUACCGUAGUGACGGCGGAAACUCAAACCAAUUGUGAGAAGGCAGUUUUGAAAGGAGAAGCUGUUCAAACAUUUUUGAACGACGAUAAAUUACAACUGGAAGAAUUAACAGCGCGAUAUGUGGAGGAAUGUUUGAAAGUGAAACAGUUGACUGAAGAAUUUCGCGACGUAAAAAAGACAGUGCAAUCUUUGAAGGAAGAAAAUCAAUCUAGUAAAACUAGCAUAGACGAAUACAAACGCUCCACGGAGAUACUCGAGAAACAAUUGUCGCUUGUCACGGAAGAAAAACAAAAGCUAGAAGAAACUCUGUUCACUUCCAAUGCAGCCUCGGAAGCAAGGCUUGCGGAAUACGAGCGUGAGAUCGAUCGGCUGGAAAAAAAUCUUGCAACCGCAACGGAUAAUACCCGACAACAGCUGGAGGUAUUGGAGACAAAGCGUAAAGAAUUAGACGAAUAUGCAUCAAAGUGUAAGAUUGAGAGAGAGGAGGAACGAAAGGAAAAAUCGGACAAAUCUGAAUUACGGAUAAAGGAGGAAAACGACACGACUAGUGAUAUUAAUAUAAAACUGGAUGCGAAUUUGAUUGAAACGAACUUGGAAACUGUAACGAAGCUGAAGGAGGACAUUAUUCGACUGAACAAAAAUUUGGAGAUUUGUAAAAUCGAGAAGGAUCGCAUGGAAAACGCACUGGAGCAAAAUAACAAAAAAUUGUGGGAACUCGAGAAUCGUUUGGAAGGAACUGCUCUCAAGGAACAAGAGAAAGAUACCGAGAUCGUGGCUUUGCAAAAGGAAUUGAAGCAUAUGAUACAGGAAAGCGAAAAUGCCAGGAGAACUGACGAUCGUAUGGAAGCGGAAUUGAAAAGCGCUAUCAGCGAAUUGACACAGACAAAGGAGGCGCUUUCCGAAAAGGAACAGCAUAUCAAAGAAUUGAAGAUACAUUUGGAGAAUUUUGAGCGAAACGCAAAGAUAUUUAAUUUACUCGAGGAGAAUGCGAAGGAACGACAAAUUGACAAUGAACGAUUGCGGAAUAUUAAUGAUGAAUUGAGGAGCAAUUUAACAGAAAAGGAACGCGAGAUGGAUGCGUUUGUGAGAAACAGAGACGAGACGAUGACGAAAUACGAAGCCUUGGUGAAGAAUCAGCAAGAGGAAUUGGAUAGGCAGAAGAGAGAGGUGAUGAGGUAUCAGGAAUUAUUCCGGCAAAUGACAACCGCACCAAAUAAGGAUGAUUAUAAAAAGUUACAGAAUCGCGUGCAAGAUCUUCAAGAUAAGCUGCGCAAGUACGAAGCUGGUGCGAAAGCUAAAGAUUGUUACGAUACUGCAUCGGAGGACGAAGUUUCGAUUCAACGUCAGCCCAAGGGCAAGCGAGGAAAAAAGGCCAUAUUGCCGAUUAAGCAAGAAGACAUACCAGUUGUGGAGUUAUCUGGAUCAGAGUCCAAACGCAGUGCGAAACGCGUCGUUUUACCCACCACUGCCACCACUGUUGCGGCGGAAUCAUCGACGGAUAAGAGACGUACAACUCGCAAGAAGAAGUUAUUUGUUACUAAUGAUUCAUUCGCUGAUAUCGAACCUUUGGAAGAGACGGAAUCGUUCGGUGAAAAAAUUGCAUCGAUCAUGCAAAAGCCUGGACAGGAUCCUGUUGCCAAGGAUGAUGUACCUUGGUGGAUGAAGUACGCAGGUCGUGGACUCGGUACCGUAGGCAGUAUAAUUGCAAUAUUUCUCGGAGCUUGGAACUGCGCGUCUAUAAUUUUUGGUCAUAUCGACUGUUUAAUCAGCGGUAUGUGGCAAAUGAUAGCUGGUUUCUUAGUCGUAAUGAUCGAAGCACCAUGCUGCUGUCUAUUCAUCGACUUUGUACAGAAUUUAAGCGACUGGGUGGAGAAAAAGCCAUAUUGGAACAGAGCAGCUGUUUAUUGUCUAAUAGCGUUGCCAGCAGUCUUCCUGUGCCCAGGAAUGAGUAGUAUAUUUGGUAGUGGAUUAAUAUUUACAACGGGUAUAAUAUAUGGAUUGAUGUCUCUUGGUAAAAAAGGAUCCAGGCCCGACCCGGCAGGAAUGACGUCGUCGGGCGUGGGUUCCCCACAGGGUACAGUGCCUCCCACUACAGAUCACCAUACCACUCUCAUGGAGGAUCCCGACGUCUGGAGGCCUACAUAAAUCAUCAAACAUUCAUUGCACCACUUCACUAACCAGGGCACCUUUUGGCGAAAUGAGAACAACGGCAUUGGAUACACAAGCUCCAUCGUCGAGCAUGCGGUCCACACUAGUUGAAAAUACUCAGCCAAUCGAUCUUAGCAGUACCCCAGGUAGUAUUGUUUGAUCGUUAGAAAUUAAUUGAACGAGCGAUCCAAUAUUUUGUGCGAAUGACAUUGAGUGCUAAUCGAUUUAAACGAUCAGUAGCUGAGCCCACGAACAUGCUCCGUUUCAUUUUAGCUAUGACAUUGACGCGUAAUUCCAAUAUAUCACAAUAGUAACUUCACGAGACAUAUAUCGAAUUUUUGGAACAGUGACAAAUAGAUAUCGUAUUAUGGAUAUAUAGAUUUAAACGUAAUGUAAUUUAGAAAAAGAGAAAGAGAUUCUCGAUAUAUAUCGUGGAUACUGAAAAUACCUGAAAAUACUUGAGCUUUUUAAUCUUGCUUUCUAUUUUCUUUUGUAUAGUGUUUCAGUUGAUUGAUAAAAAUUAUACACAUUUAUACUUUUGCGUUUGUAUAUCAAACGUGUGUAAAAAGAGAAAAAGGAAAUGAGGAGAAAUGAGAAAAUGAUAUUCUCAUAAUAUAUGAGGAUAUAUUAUGAAGAGACAGUAUAUAGAAAAAUUUAUGUUUGUUUAAAAUAAUGCCAAAGUCAAAGACUGUCAUAGAAAAUGAUGUUGUUCAUGGGCCUAGUUAUCAAUUGCCCGUUUUGUCCGCUCUGUAUAUCGUAAGAUAUACUGUUUAUAACAAACAAACGGAACAACAAAAAAUUGUAAAUUGCUAUGUGACUCGUUUCGAUGUAUUGAAACGCUACAUUCUGGAUAUGAUUAUUUUCUCUUACGAAUUAGUCAAGUACGUUCAUUUAACAUUUAAGCUUGAAAGUAAUUGAAUGGUCGCGUACAUCUGCGAACAUUUUGCAUCUAAACUAUAAGGCAAAUCGUACAUUUCGAAUGCCUUGACAUGUAAUUGAAUGUCUUGACAUAUUUUAUAAUCCUUUUACGUAUUUAUCAUGUUACUUCCAUAUAAACACAAGCUUCUCUCUGCCAAAUAAACCAUAUACGUAAAAUUUAAAUGUGUUUCAAAAUAGUAUUUUGCGUGUACAUUUAAGCGAUAUUAUAGAUUUUAUUGUACAAGAUGUGUUUAUACGUACGUGGGUGCGCACGCGCGUACCUAUGGAAAUAUAUACACAUGUAGCGUUACAAACUUAAUUAUAUUAUUACAUAUUGGCGAUGUAACAAAGCCACGUAAUACAUAUGCAGGACAAAUUAGUUACUUCAGUGUUUCUUUCUCAACAACUCAGAUGUUUUGGUAGUAUAUUUCCAUAAAAAAUAAGACUAAGCGUCUUUGUGUUAUCUUACUCUUUAUAGUUAAGAUAAAAUAAAGCGUUGUAGCACUUCCUGCGCGCGUUUUCAUCAACGAAAAACAAUACUCGUAUGCACCGAUGGAUGAACUAUUUUAUUGCAAAUGAUAUGGCAGAGAGAAAUUCAAUAAUCUUUUCUAUUGGCACAUUCUUAAAUAUCAAAGGUUCGUACAACCACAAGUACCAUAUAUGUACGUUUAAUUUAAACAAUAGACCUUUUGCUAAAUAUAAGUCAACUUUUUUGUAACGAAAAUAUUGGGAUAUCAAAAUAGCUCUUAUGUUAACAAGUGAUUAAGUUGGUGUUUCUUUAACAAAAGUUUGACUGGACACCAUUUUUCUGAUAUUUAUAUCUUUUUACAGAAAAUAUUUUAAAGAUAAUAAAACUUUAUUUAUAAAUAAUAUAUGUGCACUUGGAAAGUUGAACGAACUAUUAAAAUGUACACUCGCAUGUAUGCAAGCUAUGAGGAUUAAGCCGCCGAAAACUGGCUAUAUUUAAUUGUUUUUGAGACCUGAGCAAAAAAGUCUCUGAACCUAUGUUCUAAUUCUCAACGAUACAUAUACAUUCGUUUGCGAAACGCUCUUUCAACAUUUUUUCUUUCUUUUAAUAUUUUUCGGAACGAACAUAGUUAAAGAAGAAACAAUAUCUCUUAUAAGAAUUACUCGAAAUAAAAUUCUCCCAUUGCACAUCGACUGCAUUCCGAGAUAUGUCGAAAGAAACAUAUUCAAACCGUUUUGCAAAUGGGUAUACGAGGAAUCUUCUAUUUCGAGUCAAAUAUGAAAAAUACCCACUCAAAAUUCACGUGAUUUUCGUGAAAAGAUAAAUUUCAAGUUGCUGAACGGAUUUUUAGAUAAAAUAUUUGCUUGCGAUUUCAUAAUACCCCGUAUAUAUAUGUGCAUACAUAUUGUCACAAGUGCCCCCAGUACACACACGCAAAAUUGUUAAUGCUUUAUUUGAACGUUGAAAAUAUAUGUAUUGGCAUUUCUUGCAAGUAUAGAUUUAUGGAUCACUCAAAUAUUAGAAUAUCGAGAAUUUUGGACAGGAUACCUAUAAUUAUUGGUUGCUCAUAUAUAAAUAUUUUUUAGUUUGGUAUUGUUCCGUCAGAGAGUAUCAUAUUUUCCGAAUUACUGAUAUUGAAUGUGCCAAGAGUGCUUUUUAAUCAACUAUCAUAGUUUCCUGAGCGUUCGUUUCAUUUCUUCUUUUUCAUUUUGUUUCGUCUUAGAUUUAAAUCUAUGCUCCAAAUCAUCUUCUUCCUACACAUUCCUAUAUCUCAAUUAAUUUAUUUAAGAGAUAAAGACUAUAGGAUGCCCAUCAUAUCAUCCGACAUUUACUUGAUCUUCGUGAAACGUUCCUGUGUCACGACUAUUGAAUAAAUUCAAUGUUGACGCGUGAUUGUCGUAGGUAGAUACGUAAUCGUAUUACCAGCUUAUAUUAUGACACUUCUUAAUUGUGAUUCUUAUUUUAUAUCUAUAAGUGUGGCCGCCUAUAUAUUGAAAUAUAAUGAAAUAAAUAAUUCUUGUGAUUAAACACACCAUUCUCCGAAAAGUUACUUUUCUUCCUGUUUCUAUCAUGAAAAUAUAAAUUUUUUCACAAAUUUGUACUUGUAAUCAUCUAUAAUGAUAUAUAUAUUAGUUUUUAACAUUAAAACAUUAUAAUUGAACAUUUUUAGAACAAUUUUAGAAAACGUCACUUUUCGGAACAAUGUGACUUUCUCCACAUACACUUCGAAUUUCUAAGGGAAUAUUUAAGAAAAUGAUGUUGGGAAAAAUAGAGCUGGGAGGUGAAAUAAGGAAAAGACACAUCUAAGAGAUGGUUGCGCUUCAAAAUAGAUUAUCGUAAUUUCUAUUGUUUUAUUUUUAUUGCGUUCUAAUUCAUAGAGAGAUACGUGUAACACUGAACUUAACAUAUAAUCCUUUUCAUUUCCAAGCAUCGUAUGCAUAAACAAUUAUAUAAAAUAGACGCUGAAAUACAAAUAUCUUAGAUAAGGAAUGGUUUUACACGACGUAAAAAUUAUUAUAUGAUGCAAAAAAUUCAUACAAUUCUAGCAUAACAAAAUGAUGAUUAUUUAUCACAUUUGUGUAUAUUUAUAUGUGUGUUCUCAAUUCGAUGUCUGAUAUUUUUUUCUUCCUCACUAUAUUGCGUAAUUUAUUUUCAGUUUUAGUUUAGACUAAGCAAUAAAGUAACUAUAAAGAGA